AUGACCCAGUGGAAUCAGACCACUGUGUCAGAAUUCAUUCUUGCAGGAUUCACAGACAAUCCCCAGCUCCACAUUUCCCUUUUUGUUGUGUUCCUGACCAUCUAUGUAACCACCCUUCUGGGAAAUGUGGGGAUGAUUGCAUUGAUUCGCCUUGACUCGCAACUUCAGACCCCCAUGUACUUUUUCCUCCGCAACCUGUCCUUCUCGGAUAUCUGCUACUCCACUGUCAUUGUCCCCCAAACACUGGUGAACUUCUGGGCUGAGAAGAAAGCCAUUUCAUUUGCUGGGUGUGCUGCCCAGUUUUAUUUCUAUGCUGUCUUUGCCACUGUGGAGUGCCUCCUACUCGCUGCCAUGGCCUAUGAUCGUUAUGUAGCAAUCUGCAAUCCGCUGCUGUAUCCGCUUGUCAUGUCGAAGAGAGUCUGUCUGGGGCUUGUGCUGGCUUCGUAUCUGGCAGGAUGUGUGAACGGUGCAAUACACACCCACACCACCUUCCGCCUUCCCUUCUGUAGCUCCAAUGUUGUCGACCACUUCUUCUGUGAUGUACCCUUUAUACUAAAGCUUGCUUGCUCCAAUACCAUGCUCAACCGCACCCUGCUUUUUGUGAUCUCUUCCCUGGUAGGCCUCUGCUCGUUCCUCACCAUCCUUAUCUCUUACAUUUACAUCCUUGUCGCCAUCAAGAAGAUCAGCUCAUCUGAUGGAAAGAAGAAAACCUUAUCCACCUGUGCCUCCCAUUUGAUGGCUGUCACCUUAUUCUAUACAACUAUUCUUUUCAUCUACCUGAAGCCCACUUCUAGGUCCUCUGAAGAACAAGACCAGGUUGCUGCUGUCUUCUAUACUAUGGUGAUUCCCAUGGUAAACCCUCUGAUCUACAGUCUGAGGAAUAAAGAUGUGAAAAAGGCCCUGAAAGAAAAGCAAAAUGAACUUCUCUUCUCUUCUGCCAUUCAGCCUAGCUGA